CUUCAGUUGCACUGGCUCAUUAUCAAGUGCGUCCACCACUAUGGCGGCAGACGCUCCAAGACGACGUGCCUUGUGGCGUACCGUAGCGCUUGUCUUGCUCCUGUGCUCCCUUAUCCCAAGUUUCAGCUGUUUUCCGCAGAAGACUCUUGGUAAAAUGCUUCCAUGGAAAUUAGCUAGCUUGGAGUUUGCGGUGAGACCGGGUAAGAUUCUCCUCAAUGGGAAUGAACUGAACCCUAGUCAAGCAUCGUACUUGUCGGAAUCUGAUGUUUCAGGAAAACGGGAGCAGGGAUCACAGUCUGAGCUGAUGGAAGCUGAAGCAGCAUGGCGGCGCACAGACCCCUCUCUGCAGUGUGGCCCUAAAAAGAUGAUAUUGAAAGUCGCUGGACUUGGGGCUGCAAACUUGGAAGUCAACCUUGGCACUGGCCGUAACCUCCCUUUAAGCGAGCUGUCGGAAUCUUGUGGCUAUUUGCUCCAUCAGAAUGCGUUUGGCCUUGUCUUGGUUGUCCCCUAUGAUGGCUGUAAUGUGAUACAAGAGAAUGGAUAUUAUGUGCUGCCAAUGAGCUUUCUGGAGAAAUCAGUUAUACUCUCCUGCCCCAUAUCUCCCGCUUUGAACCCCCAGGAUCCCUUCCCUCGAGUUCCCCUAACUAUAGACCUGUCCAAGAGUGAUGCGGACCAGGCCUCCUCUAGCAAUGAUCCCUACCAUCAAUACCAGCACUAUCACAACUAUUUAAAGUACCUCUACUACUUGCAUAUCAUAAACAAUCCCCACAUGUAUCCUUUUGUACAUCGCACUUACAAUCCCCUGUACCAAAAGUCAGAGCCUCUUUCUCACGGCUAUCCGCAUCUUCCAGUGCAUUAUCCACUCUAUGCACGCUAUCAACAGAACCCCGCUGCGCCCUAUUGCCACCCACCUGGAGCGCUUUGCCCUUUGCUGCAUUUUCCACCAUAUUACCACCAUUAUCCCCAUCAAUCUCCCCCAAAGCAAGAAGAAACAGUGGAUCCUAGCAAAGCGCCGACUAUAUUUACAACAAAGCCUACUCCUGUGGCCACCACCCAGAUCCCCACGAGAAAACUGUGUAGAAGUACUACGACUGCUGCUGCUCCUACAACUCGGACGACGACGACGACUACUACUACUACCAUUAAACGACGCUGUAGACCCAGAACCCCACCACAGGGUAAGAACCUCAGACCUUACGCCAACAACCCCUUUGCACAAGAGAUCUUGUACACCGAAGGCAGUCCAUUUCCAGGCGAUCCUAAAGGCGCACCUCACGCUGGUUCCAAUUCUGGACCACUCCUGAACUACCAGGACUGGCAACACGAGCCCUGGUUUCCCCAAGAGGAGGAUGAAGGCAUUCCCUUUGACUGGGAUGAUCUUGAACCGUAAAUGCCUGAAAGUCACUUGAGGUUUUUGCAAGGCUGUGUGCAGUAUUGUGAUGGCUUUCUCUCUUUCAGGGGUUGUCAUCCUGAUCUAUUGGCAUUCAAUAAAUGUUUUAAAUAAAA